UGUUGCGCACUCAGCACUCGCUCGGGCGACUGCUGGCAUCUUGCGGCAAGCGCGUGUGGAGGCUGAGAUAUGUCUGACGGGGAAGAGUACGAGUACGACUAUGAGGAUGGCGAGGAGUACGACUACGGCAGCGACAACGAUGGGGAGGCGGCGGACGACCUCAUCGAGAUAGAAAACGCCUUCUACGAGGGGGACGAUGCCAGACAAGAGAACCCCCAGAGAGCUUUAGAGCUGUUCCAGAAGGUGGUGACGCUGGAGGCGGAGAAGGGUCCGGAGAUAAAGUGGCGGUUCAAGGCGUUGGAGCACCUUGUUCGGAUUCAUUUCCUGCUGAAGGAGUUCGACCAGAUGCAGCAGAGGUACAAGGAGCUGCUGACGCACGUGAGCUCUGUGACAAGAAAUGAGAGCUCGGACAGCGUGAACGGCAUCUUGGAUACAGUCUCGGUUUCGGAAGACUUGAGAAUGGUGUCCCAGAUGUAUGAGACAACCCUUUCGGCCUUGAAGGAGGAGGGGAACGAGCGAAUGUGGUUCAACACCUACGUCAAGCUUGCCAAGGUGUACCUGCAAAUCCCCGACUACGUCAAGGUCCAGACGACCAUCGACACCCUCCACGACUCGUGCCGAUUGGCCAACGGUCAGGACGACCCCUCCAAGGGGAACCAGCUGCUGGAGGUGUACGGCAUCACCAUCCAGCUGUGCACGGCCACCAACAACAACAUCCUCAUGAAGGAGGUGUACCCAAAGACGAUCGACCUCAAUGCCUCCGUGGAAGAUCCUCGAAUCAUGGGCGUCAUUAGAGAGCAGGGGGGAAAGAUGUACAUGUCGAUGGGGAACUGGGGCCAGGCGUACAACGAGUUUUACGAGGGGUUUCGGAACUAUCAGGAGGCAGGGAACCCUAACGCGAAGGUUUGUCUCAAGUACGUGGUUCUGGCGAACAUGCUGGACCUUUCGCGGAUCAACCCUUUCGCGGCAAGAGAGGCCAAAGUGUUCCAGGAGGAGAAAGAGAUCGUGGCGAUGAUGGACCUGCGAAUGGCGUACGAGGGGAACGACCUAGCCAAGUUCGAGCGGACGCUGCACGAUAAGCGCAACCGCAUCACGGAGGACCCCUUCGUCAUGACGUACCUGGGACCCCUCAGGCAGCGCAUCCGGGAGUCGGUGCUCAUCCACCUCUGCAAGCCGUACAAGAAGAUCACCAUGGGGUUCAUGGCGGGGGAGCUGAGCUUAAAGACGACGGAGGUGGAGAAGCUGCUGAUCAACCUGAUCUUGGACCGCAGGCUCAACGGCAAGAUCAACCAGAUCGAGGGCUUCUUGCUGCUGGACGGGCCACAGGAGACGGCCACCUCCCGCAAGCACGACGCCAUGGAACGGUGGAGCAACUCCCUCCGAUCCCUCUCGUCCUUCGUGGCGGCGAGGGUCGAGUGCUAGCCGGUUGUGGUGGUUACGUGUUUUUUGCACACACACGACGCCGCCUGUGUCUUGCUGAGAACUUGGUGUGGGGCUGGGAUUCUAAUCUCGCGGCAUAUCGUUGUCUCUUCCCCUCUCUUCCUGAACUCGGUCAGGUCCUGCGUGGUCAUACUGUUUGUUUGUUCUUUCGUCUCUCUCUCUCUUUUCUGCCGUCGUGUCUUUCUUUGUUGGCUCGCUUGCGGUUGGCGCGGGUCUUCUGUUUUAUGCUGUUGUCGUCGGUGGUGUUUUUGGUGUUGUCAUCGUUUGUCUUGGCUGUUUGGUCCCGUAGAACGUCCUCCUGCUUCUCUGGAGAUAGGACAUUGGUGCGUGUUGUUAUUGCCCCGCCCCCAGGCGAUUGUGUCGCGAAGUCUCCCCCCUUUUUUCCACGUGGGCUAAAUGGAAACAAGGGUCACGUUUAUCAAAUGCGAUAGUAUGGCUGUGCAUGACCACGGAUGGGGGUCCGUUUUCAUGCUCACCGUUUUCGCUCCCGCUUGCUUCUCUGCAAGCAGCUGGGCGGGGUAGCAUCGGACGGGACUUUUUUUGUUUCUUCCCUUGUCUACCCCGUGGCAAUAUCACAUCUUGUUUACCCUCUGUUCACCUGGAAAUUGGCGUGGCCGGCCGGUUGCGGGGCGCACAGUUGUUCGUUGGUGGAUGGUGCAAAGAUGAAGGAACGCAGACAGCAAGUAUAUAGCAGUGUGGACAACUACCCCCACCUGUAUACAUGUAACAGUUAUCUUGUUCGUCCGCGUACAGAGGGAAAAGAACGGAGGGGCGACCGGUGCUGUGCCAUUGAACUCGUUCUGGAUACAAGAAAUUGCUGCGGUCCUUGUCGACACUUCGUGUGGGUGGUUCCACGGUUUCUGUACCAACUGUCCUACUUCGCGCGAUUUUGUGUUUCGCCUCUCAACGGGACGGGUGGGAUGAUUUCGUGGGCUCUCUUUUUACCACUCCACGGGACGGGCUGUCAUACCAUGAUUACGUAGAUCUCUCUCACGAGGAGGAUUCGUUGCAUGGCAUGGCAUGGGUGGGGGCUGUCUGGUAUCGUAUAUAGAUACAUCACUCGUCCAUGUCGGACCGACUGUGCUGAUGAGGAGCAGACUCCCGUCGACACGGCGUGGACGGUCGGUGUUCUCUUCAGGAACGACUUCUUCGUCGUCGGCGGUGGGGGGUGUCGACUUAAAGGAGGGUUGGUUAGGCUUGACGCACGUUCAGUCGGGUUAGCACCGGGGGGGGGGGUUAGGAGCGCCCCGCUUUUGUGUGUCUGUCGUAGAGUUUGUGGUGUUUUCCGGGGGUGAGGUGUAAGUGACAGAUUAUCGCCUGAGGAACCAUCAGGAAGUAUUGUGUGUCGGUUUUUGUAUCCAUGUGUCCCCACGAUUUCUUUACUUCUUGCGGGGAAUGGUGUUGGUGGCGGGGUCUGGAGCUAGCUGCCUCGCGAGCUGGGCGCUGUGGUUCCAUCGUGUGGAUCUAUUCUUAUUUGUGGCGAGUUUUGUUCUCUCGUUUCUGUCGUCCUCUUGUCGGGAUGGGUUUUCCUUGGUUUUGUAGAGGAAGGGAAGGAGAAAAGACUGACAGCAGUUCGCGUUCGAUUUUUUCAAAGUUGGAUUGCUUGACUUGAGUGCAGUCGGUGGAAAAAGGCGAGGAGACUGUCAAGAGACUGUCAAAAAUUGUCGUGAGACGGUGAACACACUUGACGCGGCCAGCAGACCACAGACCUGUGAACUUAUGUGAGGUGCGAACGAUGCGACCAUUGAGUAUCCGGGUGAAAGGGACGGACUGAAUCAUCCAAAGAGGAGAACCAAUAGAGAUUUUCGGGGCCCUCGACGAUGGCUGCCCCUGGCACUAAUAGUGCCCCAAAUAUGGCGAGCUUGCAAGGAUGUUUCGAGAAGAGAGUGGACGGGCACCUUUGCUCCGGAGACUUGUGCCGAUAACAACGCGGGUGCACCAAGUGCUAGUGCCCCGUGUCCCGACGCCUCGACUCCAGUCAUGCGCGCCGGGGUGCAGAGAAGCCAUAUUUGAACACGACCAAUGCCCGGCGGUUCGUUCAGUAGUAUCUAGCACGUCAGA